UUAAACAUAGACAGUUUAUCUAUACUUUGGGCAGCAAGAGAUAUUGUAAAUGCUACACAAUCAACUGUUGAUUUCAUUAAAAUAAUAUUUUGUUCUCUAGGUUGUGUAGAAGAUACAUCUGGGAAUAAUUCAAUAGUUUUUGCUUCUAAAAGUUUAAUUCUGAAGGCUCUAGAAAUGGAAGUAACGGAAAUGCAUGUUGAUGCUACAUUUCGGGUCAUUCCGUCAACACCUAAGUCUUACCAAUUACUCAUAAUGCAUGUGAUGGUAAAUAACCAUAGUAUUCCUAUAGUAUACGCCUUAAUGGAACGCAAGACUUCCCAGGCUUAUGAUACAGUACUAAACUUUAUAAAAGUAAAUUUACUGCCUGAGUUUAGGCCUACGAUUAUAUUAACAGACUUUGAAACCGCAUUAAGAGAAAUGUUGAUUAGACAUUUUCCAUCAGCUUCAGCCCUUGGAUGCUGGUUUCAUAGUAACCAAGCUGUGUGGCGAAAAAUGUGUAAAUUAGGAUAUUUAAAUUUGGUAAACACCAAUGGUUAUGCAUCAAAAGUUUUGAAAAUGAUUAUGGUUCUUCCACUUCUGCCUGCUAGGAAAAUUGAAGAAGGCUUUGUUGAAGUAAAACGUUAUGCAGCGAGACAUAGUAUAAACGUGCGACGUUUCUUCAACUAUUAUGAAAGAUAUUGGAUACAAAAUGUUGGAGUUGACUUACUUUCUGUGCACAAAAAAAAAUUUAGAACCAACAACAAUAUCGAAAGCUUUCACAGCAAAUUAAGACAAACUUUUCAAGUUUCCCAUCCUAAUAUUUGGUCAUUUAUCGCUAAUUUAUGCAAAAUAAAUGACAAUUAUUUGAUCAAGCUUGAACAAAUAGGCAACGGAUUGGUAAUAUCACGUGGCUCUCGAUCUAAAUAUUUAGCUAAUGACAAAAAGAUAAAAUCAGCAAGUCGCCAACUGCGUCAAGGUUCAAUAAAUAUCCUGACAUUUCUGUUGCGCUGUUCUUAUACUGUUGAAACAUACGAAGAACGGAUGCGUUUGUUGGCAUUAAAUGAGUUGGUUGAGAAUGAAGGCGGUGAAGACCCACCUCAUGAAGAACAACCCAACAUAAUAGUUGAAGAGAAUAAUGAUGAUGAAGAAAAUGAUGAUGAAAUGCAAAAUGAUAAUGAACAAGAUUAUGAUGAAGUGCAUAAUAUUGUAGAAAUUCCUAUUGAAAGAGAUGUAAUAGAGGAAAAUGAAGAAAAUGUAGAUGUAAUUAAUGUAGACAAUGGAAACCUUGAGCCAGAAAAUGUUAACGACUGGGAUGAAAGGGAUUUUUGGAUUCCGGAAGAUUUUGAGUUGGUAAGAUGGCAGGAGAAUUAUGGCAAUGAAGAAAACCUUGAUGAUAUUCCUUAUGUCCAAGUCAAUUAUAAUCUGCAAGUAAAUCUACAAGAUGAAGAAAUAAUUUGUGUUGUCUGCAGAGAUGGUACUUGAACACAUGCACCUGUACCAUGUGGUCAUAGAGUGCUAUGUGAAGAUUGCGCAAACCAGCUAGUUAAUGAUCGUUGUCCCAUUUGUAAUGGACAAUGCAAUAGUAUAAUUCGCAUUUGGCAAUAGUUGUAAAUAUUACUACUUUUAAAUUAAUAUUAAGUAGGUACUAUAAAAUAAAACUUAUAAAAUAAGUAUCUGU